CCGGGAAGUAGAGAGCCGGCGCUGAGCGCUCAUCGGACCCUCCAGCCUCCAGCACCAGCUUCUCGCGACCGUCCAGCCCGAGCGCCCCGGGAGCAUCUUCCUAGCUCUUGCCCGCCCUUGGUCAGCCUUACCUGCCACAGAGGAGGAAAGGGUCUCGGUGUGCGUGGUUCGUCGGGGCCGAAGCAAGGCCGAACAGCCAGGAAGCAACGUCCGGGAGUCCUCGGGCUCCACUUGAGGUCCCUUGCAGCUUCUAGCUGCGCUGGUGCAUCUGUAGCGUCGCCGGCGAGCCAAGGCCAGCAGUCACCCAGGUGCGGAGCCGGCCUGAAACAGACAGCGGAAGGAGUUUCCCCGAACUGAGCUGUCACUCACCGGCCGGCACCAAUUACAACGCAGAGUGCCCGCGGGUCCACCUCUUUUGGGGUGUGUCACAAGUGAGUGAUAGAUUGAGCCGCCCGGCCUUGCUCAGCCCAGCCCACGUUGCUGCUUAGAUUGAAAUGCAGAACUCAAGCCUCUUUCUGCCCGGCACAGACUUCCUUUUACUCUUUCCUUUGGCACUCUCGUCGCCUCCUCCCGGGGAGAAGCCGAGGCAGUCGCGUCUUGGAGCAGCGACAGGUCGGCCUAGUGAGAUCAGGAGAAAAGUUUCCGGGAGUGCGGAACUGGGGCCGGGUUGGUGUACUGCUCGGAGCAAUGGAGCCAGCCUUUGGGGAGGUGAACCAGCUGGGAGGAGUGUUCGUGAACGGAAGGCCGCUGCCCAACGCCAUUCGACUUCGCAUCGUGGAAUUAGCCCAACUGGGCAUCCGACCUUGUGACAUCAGCCGCCAGCUACGGGUCUCACACGGCUGCGUCAGCAAGAUCCUGGCGCGCUACAACGAGACCGGCUCGAUUUUGCCCGGAGCCAUCGGAGGCAGCAAACCCCGGGUCACCACUCCUACAGUGGUGAAACACAUCCGGACUUACAAGCAGAGGGACCCGGGCAUCUUCGCUUGGGAGAUCCGGGACCGCCUUCUGGCGGACGGCGUGUGCGACAAGUACAACGUGCCUUCGGUGAGUUCCAUCAGCCGGAUUCUGCGCAACAAGAUCGGCAACUUGGCCCAGCAGGCUCAUUACGACUCGUACAAGCAGCACCAGCCUGCGCCACAGCCCGCGCUGCCCUACAACCACAUCUACUCGUACCCCAGUCCCAUCGCUGCGGCGGCUGCUAAGGUGCCUACACCACCCGGGGUGCCGGCCAUCCCCGGCUCCGUGGCCAUGCCGCGCACCUGGCCCUCGUCUCACUCUGUCACCGACAUCCUGGGCAUCCGCUCCAUCACCGACCAAGGAGUGAGCGACAGCUCCCCCUACCACAGCCCCAAGGUGGAGGAGUGGAGCAGCCUGGGCCGCAACAACUUCGCGGCCGCCGCCCCGCACGCAGUGAACGGACUGGAGAAGGGGGCCUUGGAGCAGGAGGCCAAGUACGGCCAGGCACCAAACGGUCUCCCAGCUGUGAGCAGUUUUGUAUCAGCAUCCAGCAUGGCCCCUUACCCCACUCCAGCUCAAGUGUCACCCUACAUGACCUACAGUGCUGCCCCUUCUGGUUAUGUGGCUGGGCAUGGGUGGCAACAUGCUGGCAGCACCCCACUGUCCCCCCACAACUGUGACAUUCCCGCAUCGCUGGCUUUCAAGGGAAUGCAGGCAGCCAGAGAAGGUAGCCAUUCCGUCACAGCUUCUGCACUCUGAUGGGAACUUCCGUUUCCAGCAGCUUCACUUUGGUCUCCUCUCUCAGCGCAUCCUCCCCCUUCUCACACCCCAGUGGUCCAGCCCGCCUGCCUCAAGAGCUGGCUUUAUGGAUUCAUAAUCUCUAUGCUGAUGACACUUAAAUAUUUCUUGUCGUAACGUCUUUGUUUUUUUUGCAGAAAUUUGGCAUGACUAUAGGAUUUAAAAACAAAAGCAACUCUAGAGAUUGAAUGAGGCAUUUGUGUUGCCCACACACUGUUUUAACAUAGUGAAGAAAUCUCUACCCCUCAAAGGGCUUAUGGGACUUUGAAGACCUAUCUUUGGUAAAACCACACAUGUAUAUUUAUUCUAAAUCAACCUGAACUUUUGAAAUGUGCAAUUGUUGAUAUUUUGCAAAAUCAAUAAAGGAAAACAGAUAUACCCUUUAAUCAAAUAAUGUGACCAGAUAAGCCUUAAUUCACCAUUAGGAAACCAAUCAAUAACUGACUUGUGUGAUCUUUUGCUUAUUUUUAAGAGGACAUAUUUUGUUGAAAAAUAUAUAUAGAACCCAAGCAAGAUAGGAAAUUUCCUCCUUUUGGUGUUUUGACUUGGUUCUUAAUACAAUAAUGUUUAUAUUUCUAUUAGCUUGUAAAUAUGGACUGUGAUGAUGCUUUUUUGUCUUCAUUCUAUGGGAUACCCCUCCUCCAACACUACCACCUCUAUUUUUUUUUCUUUUACCGAAAAGGUGACUUUCUGGCAAUGUGUUUUUCUCUAUUUGGUGGUGGGUCACUUGGGCUCUUGGACCUGGACUUGCCCCCAAAUUGUGUGUGUGUGUGUGCAGUGACGGUUUGCAUCUCACGAAGGAUACUUUCUUUCUACAGCAGAUGACUCAAAACAAGCCACUUUCCUAUUUGUAUCCCAGUCAAAGAACACACAUGCCAAGCAUAGGGCAACAAGAGGCUGUAACAUACCUACCUGUACCACAAGGCUCUGAGGGAAAUCACCUAGACACAAGUCUAAUGUGAAAUAUUUCUUUUGCAGAGACACUUAAAAUGAACUUUACGUGAUAAAAAAACCACUGUGAAACGAAAUUGUACUGUUACUGUUGGCUUACCUGUGUGUUUAGAAAUCUCAGCCCCAAAAUAUCUUGUAACUUAAAAGGAAAUGGAGAAUUCUUCUCUAAUGAAUGUAACAAUGACUUGCUGUGAAGUUUACAUUGUGUACUGAAUCAUGUCUCACAUUUAGGUCAAUUGGUGUUGUUAUUAGAAAUACAAAUGCUAUUUAAAUUUUAGCAAAUUCCCUCUAUUCAUUUACAGAAUUACAGAACAGAGAUUAACUGCUAAACCUUUCUAGACCGAUUUGCUUAUCACUUUAAUGUUAUGAAUAGAGUUUUGGGGAUAUGCAUAUAUGUGUGUGACCCUGUGAUUAUAUAUCUUACUUUAGAUUAAUUCAUUUUCCUUGGCAAGAGUCUACAGUUUGCAUUCCUUCUGCUUAGGAGGUUCCUCUUGCUUGGCAAAAUAGGGUUAAAAGUAACCUAUAGGGUUAAAAGAACAUUGGCAAAGUUCAUCUGUUGAGAUGUUACUGUACUGUGGAGUGUCUUGGCAUUAAUUUCAUUCAAUAACUAAACAGGUACCUCCCUAGAUGUGGAUAUUAAAGAUGCCGGUUUGUUGGCAGAUUUGGUUUCUCUGCAAUUGUGCUAUGCACAGCUGACAGAGCAACCCAGUCCUGCUCUGCAGGUUUCAUCGCCUCUUCUAAAGUUCAGAUGGCUACAUCAGCUAGUCUUUGAGUUCUUAAGAUAUAAACCGUAAGCAGAUUUUUGACACAGUUAUGUUCAAGGAACUGCUUUUUUUCAAACAGCAGAUGUCUUAUAGAGAGCUUCACACUGCAUUUCUUUGUAAAGCAACCGACAUUCAUUGCUACAAACAGGAUUAUAACUUCAGGAGAAGAAAAGCAGAAGGAGCCAAUGAACUCUCAGGGCCAUAGUAUUCCUUUGAUCUUGUAAAACUCCCGGUUGAGGUUGACGUCUGGAGUUUCCAGUGUGGUGAGAAGAUAGACUAUAACCGAAUGGCACAAAGAUCUAACUCAAUAUUCUGGUGGAGACUUGCAAAGCAUACAAUAGAGGAACUUGCCUGCCAUCCAGAAAAAUUGACUUAAGGUACAGAAUUAUUCUUUAUCUAAUGUUUUUAGGUGGUUAUUAGGGGUGUUGAAAAAUAUCAAUUGUUUGUAUGGAAACAACUAAUAAUGUUAUUUUCCUUAUCUAAAUUAAGAAAUCUUAUUGUUAUUUAUAUUUCCCUGUAUUUUAAGAAAUUAAUAUUAAUGGCAUCAAAGUUUUCUUUUCCACUUUCACUUCUCUUCCCAGGUCUUUCAUUAAUAGCAGUAAAUCCACACGGAGCAAUUUUUAAGACAACAGAAAGCCUAAAUAGAGUUGGCUAUUCAUGACCGCUUAUGAUUGGAAGCCACUUAAAAACUAACAGCAGGAAAACAGUCAAGCCAGGACUGCUUGAUCUUUAAACCGCUGCUGUUGGUCAAAGCUAAGGCUCUCUCGACUCUCACAGGGUAAAGACUUCUAACUGAUACAGGCAUUCUUCACAGUCCCCUCUGCUCCCCGUGCUGUGCCUUGGGCCCUCUCUCAUGGGAUGCCAGUGUGUGUUACCUUCAAGGGCAGAAAGCAAUCACAUGACACGAAAACAUCCUGCUCCUGGCUUUCUGUUUUUAAUGACUCACAAAUUGAAUAUUGGGCUGAAAUACAAAUGAAAAAAAGCAUGUUGGAAAAGAUGUACAAGAGAAGGCGAUGUAUGUAUAUACAGUAUGCCAAAAGCCUUUUAUUUUUAUACUUCAAAUGCUCUAAAUUAAUAAAUACAAAUAAUUACCA